GUACCUUUCAAGGGCUUCAGAGACUGCUAGACCCAGACAUAUUUCAGAUCACCUGAUCUUGUGAAUUCCAGCAAGGUAGAGUAAGUGCCAGGUCUCUUCAGUUCCUGGAUUAGACAUUGUAGCUACAGAGGAAUUUCAGAAUACCAAUGGAGAAAGUGACAAUUCAGACCGAAGUUACUAGCCACCUCCAGGAUGUAGAGAAAGUAAAAGAAACUCAGGUAGCAGAAGUGCCCUCAGACCAGAGUGUCAAAGCUUGGAGUGACCAUGAAAUCAGGAGUUUCUUAGAAGAAUGGGAACUCCUUGAAGGUGAAGCAUUAAAGAAGAAUUUUCAUGUAGCAUCAAAAAUAAUUGCCAAGCACCUCAAGCAAAGGGGCAUAAUUAAGAGCAAGAGAAAAUGUCUCCAGAUGCUCAUAAACAUGCACGACUUAUAUUGGACCAUUCAUGAAGUCAACCAGAAACCAAGAAGUGAACCUUUGCCAUGUCCUUAUGGAGGAACCCUUCACAGGAUCUUCGGACAUACGUUGGAGAUAAAGGACUUUUCAGAAGUAGCUGCCCUCCCACCACCUGUGUACCAGCAUCCUGCCUGUGCCAUCCCUGAUCACUUUGAGGAGCUGUCGUGGACUCCCCCACAUAUGAUCUACAUAGAAGAUCCUCAUGUACCCAGGUGGGAGCCCUGGAACAUGAAGCUUCCACAGUCAAGUCCAUGCCUGUUUCCUGCAUUUCUCCUACCAUACCCUGGCCCUCAGUCACCAUGGUCUCCUACCACACCCUGGUCUUCAGCAACAGGGGUCAACUUUUUCUGACACCAAAUCAGAUGGAGAACUUACAAUUAGAAGUUCACAAUAAAAAGAUCAUACACUAUGACCAA